UCUCUCCUCCGCCAGACGCACCGACAGACGGUGGAGAGCGAGGCCCCGCGUAUUUACGCACCAGAGUGCGUGCAUGUGUCCGGGCGCAGAGAGAAGAGAAGUCCCGCAGCAGGACGGGCCCGUCGAUCGAUUCGGCUUUUUAUUGUCACGGCCAAAAGUUGUCUGUGAGAACAAGGGUCCGAUUCUUUUAUUUUAUUUUGUUUUAUUUUGUAGCAUCCCUCUUUUCUUCCCCUUCUCCCCGUCCCCUCUGAGGGCGGAGCGGCUGGAGGGGGACGGGAGGACCCGCGCGGACGGACCGUGAAGCUGCGCGCCUCCCGGCGAAGGAUCCACUGGAUGCGGGGCGAUGGAUUAACAGCCUCCCGCACCGAGCCCCGCCGCAGCUCCCUUCCUGUCUCUGCGUGUUUUGUGUUUCCACCACCAGCCCGCAGUCCACCUCGGGAUUAUUCCAGCUCUCACCGACCCCCCGACGACCGCUCUCGAGAUGACCGAGGAAUAUGCUUUGCGCUGCGUGCUGAUGCUCUGCUGCGCGCUGCUCUCGGCCAACGCGAGUAACUGGCUGUACCUGGCCAAGCUGUCGUCAGUGGGAAGCAUCCGGGACGAGGAGACGUGCGAGAGGUUACGAGGCCUCAUCCAGAGACAGGUCCAGAUCUGUAAGCGCAGUGUGGAGGUGAUGGACGCGGUGCGCCGAGGAGCCCAGCUGGCUAUCGACGAGUGUCAGUUCCAGUUUCGCAACCGCCGAUGGAACUGCUCCACCCUGGAGACCAUGCCCGUGUUUGGCAAGGUGGUCACGCAGGGCACCCGCGAGGCCGCCUUUGUGUAUGCCAUCUCAGCAGCCAGUGUGGCGUUUGCGGUCACAAGGGCCUGCAGCAGCGGAGAGCUGGAAAAAUGUGGCUGCGACCACAAUGUACAUGGAGUCAGUCCAGAGGGGUUCCAGUGGUCGGGCUGCAGCGAUAACAUUGCAUAUGGCGUGGCUUUCUCCCAGUCCUUCGUUGACGUGAGGGAGAGGAGUAAAGGCCAGUCCUCCAGUCGGGCUCUCAUGAACUUGCAUAACAACGAGGCUGGCAGGAAGGCCAUCCUCUCCCACAUGCGUGUGGAGUGCAAAUGCCACGGCGUGUCAGGCUCCUGUGAGGUAAAGACCUGCUGGAAAGCCAUGCCGCCUUUCCGCAAAGUGGGCAACGUCAUCAAGGAGAAGUUCGAUGGCGCCACUGAGGUGGAGCAGCGCAAGGUGGGCACCACCAAAGUCCUGGUGCCUCGAAACUCCCAGUUCAAACCUCAUACUGACGAAGAUCUGGUCUACCUGGAACCCAGUCCGGAUUUCUGCGACCAUGACCCGCGCACGCCGGGCAUGCUGGGCACCAUGGGUCGCCAGUGCAACCGGACGUCAAAGGCAAUCGACGGCUGCGAGCUGAUGUGCUGCGGCCGCGGCUUCCAGACGCAGGAGGUGGAGGUGGUGGACAGGUGCAGCUGUAAGUUCCACUGGUGCUGUUAUGUCAAGUGCAAACAGUGUCGCAAAAUGGUGGAGAUGCACACUUGCCGGUGAUGGGAGUAGCGAGGCACAGAGGGCACUGCUGGUGAACGAAGCGAACGUCCCCACAAGCUCAUGCUCGACUACAAAGGCCACGAGGGAGCAAGAAAGACUUGUUAACCUCCCUCCUCUGCUGCUUGAGAGCACGCUCCUGAUACUGGCCAACAGACUGAGGGGCUGGGAAGUCAAACGUCGUCCUAUUCCUUUUAUGACACCUUCAUGGAUACCAGUAGAUCGUGCAUGGGAUCACUUGCCAACCUACAGAGGCAGUUUGUUUCUUCUCGAGUAGAGCGUCUCUCACUUUCUGUCACUCACAUGCUCGCUGUGUCUAUUGAUGCUUCUUGUUUUUGUAAUAUUUAACUUAUUUUGACGAGACUGAGGAGAUCGACGAGGGGCGGGCCUACAAGGGGGGGACGGGCCAAUGGAGAUGAUAAGGGACAAACUGGACUGGACAGGCGAGUGGGUGGGGUUAAAGGGUUGGGUUAGGGUCAAGGAGGGUUGUUUGCCCUCUGUCCUUGCUGCUGCUUUGGGAGGACUCCGCUGGAGUGCUGGGGACGGGGACUCGAACAACAAGGAGGAACGCGUGAUUGGCUCCCCGAGUGUACAUGGCUGUCCUGAGCUGAGGUCCAGUGGCGGAUGAGUCUUUUAUUUUGCCCCCUUCAAUGCCCUGAUGCUGCUUCACUCACACACACACACAAACACACACAAACACACGUAUACUCACUGUCCUUCCGUCAGGAGGACGUUGAUGGACCUCCUUCCUGACUUUUCAGUACAUUACUGGCAGGUGAUGUUCAGCAAACAUUGUUCCACAUCAACACCUGUAUUCAUCCACAGCUGCUGUACACACACCACGAAACGGAUCUGCGUCUCGCUCGUUGAUCACGGCCUCCACCUGCACGGCGCCAUCUGCCUAAGAAGCGUGUUGGCUUAAUAGUGACACGAGUAAACACAUGCAGCGGCGAACACGCACGCACACAUAAUGUGAGAACACACGCACACAGGAGGGGCAUGCUCACCAUGCAUGAUGACUGAAGCACUUUCUCUCCAAGCACACAUCGAGCCCUCGCAGCCCCAACAAGCGGCUAUGGGGCCAUACACUCCCAUAAACACACACACACACACAUGCCCAUGCCACUGUCAGGACCAUUGUCGUCUCGUGCCACCACCACGAAGCCAAGCUUUCUCUUAAUAACGUGCUAUCAUUAUAGAGACGUGCUGUAGAUCUGUAAGGACUUAUACACUGAAGAAGACUAUACUGCCUAUGAAUGUAUGUUAAUACGGAAUAUAUGCUGUGUCAAAAAUGACUGUUGUCGUGUUACGUGUUUUGUGUGUGUGCAUGAGAGGAUAGGAGGGUGGAGAUGGAGACGGUCGAUCCACCACCGAGCCCUGAGACACACACUCUAACACACACACACACACACACACACAGAGCCCUUCUGACGGACAGACACAUAUUUCAAUAAAAUCGCCCAUUUCCCGUGUCUCUCCGCUGCGUUAUUAUGUGACCACAGUGUGCACUGGGCAGUAUUUUGUCAGUGUGUGUGUGUGUGUGUGUGUGAUAGUGUGUGUUGUUUGUGUGAGGCACACUCAAAGGUCCUUCCCCAGCAGCCCUGACACCUCUACACACCCAUGAAAUGUGGCAUACAUUACCGCGUACAGCAUAUCAUCUGGAGACCUUCGCAUGUGAAGAACCGGAUGGGAGCUCCAUCCCAUUCUCCCUGGUGUCCUUCAUCAAGCCCUCAUG